AUGGGUAUAUUUGGUACCACAGCUGAUGCAGCAAUCACAGAAGAAAUUGAAACUGCAACUACGGAAAAAAAUGAUGAAGAUUGGGGUCUUAUUAUGACCAUUUGUGAUAAAGCUGGACAAACGUCAGAUAGUGCAAAAGCUUAUUUUAGAGCAAUUAUAAAACGAUUGUAUCAUGAAGAUCCACACGUUGGAGUAAAAGCUGUGACGUUACUAGAUGCUUGUGUAAAGAAUUCAGGAAAAGUAUUCCACAUAGAAGUAGCUUCUAGGGAAUUUGAAAAUGAUUUUUCUAAAUUAAUGAAUAAGGCCCACCCUACAGUAUCGAAAAAAUUACGAGCAUCUCUUUGUAAAUGGGCAGAAAAUGAAUUCAAAACUGAUUCUCAACUAAAUCUCAUUCCUUCUAUGUACAAUAAGUUAAAGAACAAAGGGCUUGAUUGUUCGUCUACGGAUGUGCCUGUUAAGAAGUCAGCGCCCCUCAGCAAAGAUCCAGACGUAGUUGAAUCUCAAGAAGAGGAAGAACAAAUUCUCAAAGCCAUUGAAUUGUCACUGAAAGAGAGCGGGGGAUCGCCCCGUUCUUCGACGAACCCUACAACCACCCAUUCGACUUCUCUGUACCCGUCAAUGAACUUAAAUGCUCCUACGAGUGCGCCGGUAGCGGCAGCUGCCGCUCCCUCUAAUAAGGAGCCCAGGAAGGUUAGAGCUUUGUAUGAUUUUGAAGCCGCCGAGGAUAAUGAGCUUACGUUUAAUAGUGGAGAAAUAUUAUUUGUAUUAGAUGAUAGUCAUCCUAAUUGGUGGAAGGGAAGCAAUCAGAGAGGUGAAGGCCUUUUUCCAGCAAAUUUCGUCACAGCAGAUCUUUCCGUGGAACCAGAAACAUUCUUGUACGAGAAAGCCAAAAAGAUGGUGCAAUUUAAGGAAACGGCUGAGGUAAAAGUUGUAAAAGACGAACCAGAAGAUGUAGAAAUUAAUGAACAAAAAAUAGACAGGCUGUUACAUCUGUUACAUGAAGCAGACCCUACUAAUCCUGAAAAGGAUACUGAAGAAAUGUUAAAUUUAGAAAGAGAAGCAAACGGUAUGGGACCUUUAAUAGACGCCGAGUUGGAGAAAGUCGAUAGAAAACAUGCCCAGUUAACACAACUUAGUGCCGAUUUAGUUGAAGCUUUAGGUCUCUAUCAUACUUUGAUGAGGGAACCACCCUUCCCGUCAAUAAGUAAAAUGCCUUAUGGAUAUCCUCCGUCGUCACACAUGCCCUUCAAUGGUACGCUACCUCCCAACGCCCAUAUUCCAAUGAUGCUCCAAGCAAACCAAGGCCCCGACAGAGCACCUUUUAUGCAUGCCCCAGGCGGAGUUCCUCCAGCCAUGCUGCAGAUGCAUAUGCAACACAUGCCUCCCAUGGCAGGUGGACCUCAGUUACCUCACCAACAGAUGCAACAACAGUUGCAAGGACCUCCUUCUCAAAUACCGCCACAGAUGCAGCAACAGAUGAUGGAUGAACGGAGGAUGGAACCUCAUAUGAUGCAAUAUGGACUUCCAAACUAUGGUCCAGGUAGUACGGUGCCUCAGCAGUUUCCGCCACAGUCGAUCCCGGGUUCAACAUCACAAACGAACGUCUCGAAUGGUGCCCAACAACAUCCAGGCGUCCAGUAUGUUACUUCCAGUACUCAUAUGACGAACUGA